UGGGCACAGGCUGAGCACAGCACUGAGACACAGCUGAGAAUCGGAGAGGAGAGAGAGAGAGAGAGAGAGAGAGAGCAGUGAAGUGGAAAUAUGGGUGAGCAUCAGAGAAAGACAGAAAUAGAGCGAUAAAGCAGUGAAUUAGGCAGAGGCAGGCAGAGGAGGAGGACUAAUGCAGACAGUCUUUCACUGAGGCGGUGCUGUUUGCUGCAGACAGGGUUAUAUUCUCGUAGCAGAAAAGCUGCGGUCGUGUGUGGAUGUGAGAACCUCAUGGAUUCGUCCCCCCUCUGAGUCUCAGCGGAAUUCAUCGCAGACGGAGGAUGCGCCUGUUGUUGGAUGUUGGGAUCCAUGUGGGCCUGUGACGUCUGCGUCCCUCAGCGGCUACCUUCCUCCUCAGGAUGGCUCCGGCGGCUCUGACCCAGAUUGUGGAGUCGCAGCUCUUCGCUGUGCGCUGCUCCUGGGCUGGUGUGUUACUGUGAUGCGGACGAGGCAUGCUCUUGAGGCCGGCGGACCCCGCUCAGCCCGCUGCCUCUGCUGACAUCUGUCUCCGUGGUUACGCACAGCGCCUGGCACGCUACGCCACCAACACUGAUCCAUAAUAAUAAUAAUCCCCAGCUGGAGAACAAACAACAUCUGGGUGUGGAGAGAAGGGAGAGGGGGAAGUCUCAGCAGGGUGGGCAGCAGAUGGUGACACUGCAGCAGCACUUCUCCAGCAUGGAGGAGACGGUGCGAACGAUACUGCAGAACCAGGACUCACUGGAGGGGCCUAAGGUGGACCCACUGGACCUCAUGAAAGCAUACAAGGACAAACUCCUGGAGGAAAUGUGGAAGCAGCAGGACAGUCUGGAGGGUCCCACAGCCACAGCAGCAGAGAUGCCUACCUCACCCGAGGCUGGCGGUGGAUCAGAGGAAAAUUCAAAGGACAGCAAUCCCUUGCUAGAGCGACUUAGAGUGCUGGAGGCGGAGAACUCUGCUCUGUCGAUGGAGAACGACAACCAGAGGAAGCAGUAUGAACGCUGUUUGGAUGAGGUGGCUAACCAGGUGGUCCAGGCCCUCCUCACACAAAAGGACUUGAAAGAGGAAUGUGUGAAGCUGCGGACCCGUGUGUUUGACUUGGAGCAACAAAACCGCAUACUGAGCGUGCUGUUUCAACAGCGUGUCAAAAUGUCCACGAUUCCUGUCUCCCAGGAGGUCCAAAGAAAUGGAAAAGCUGGUAUUCCUGCAGGAAGAUGGCCCAGCUUACUGAGCCUCACAUGUCCACGCAGUAGUGGUAGCGGCAGUGGCAGUGAGCUGUCACUAUCUAGUGCUUGUAGUGAAUACUCUAGUGGUUCCCACACCUGGGCAGAAGGACGGGGAUUCUCCAAGCAGUGUGCCACAAGCCGGGACAAAAGGAUGAGUACAGGUUCAGUAUCCAGCAAUCAUUCUGCACCCUCUGAGCAAACAGAACUGGGAUGGAAGGAAGGCCACAUUUUGAAAGGCCUAAAGCGUCUUCAGAUGUGCAACUCCAAAGAGGCAUCCUCUCUUGCAUCUGUACCCCACUGCAAGGAUUGUAUGACCUCAAAUGAAGGCAUAUAUUCUCUGUAUUCUCUUGGUGUCAAGUGUGGCCAACAGGGAUCUACGGCCAAGCAGGUAGCUCCUGCAAGUAAACCUUUCAAGGCUGAAGCAACCCUAGACUCUGAUGAUGCAGAAGAUGAAUCACCUAAAUUACCAAGCAGGGAAUCCAAUGACAAGCCAACGAAAGAACUCCUGUUCAUGGACAAACUGGAUGUCUCUGUGGAUGUUGACAAAAAUUUUCAAGAAGACCCAGUGAAACUUUCAGGGAAUACUGGUCUUUUCCCCUCACCUGUUACAGACAACUUCUUGUUUUUGGAGGGCCCCACAGUAAAACCUGGUGUAAGCCCAACUGAUAGCCUUACACAGUUAGAGGAAAUAAACAAAGACUCAUUAGAAAAACACAAAGGCAUAAAGUUCAGUGACAGAAACAAUAACCAGGAAAGAUCCACUGACCGCAAGUCCAGACUUGAUCAUGUCAAAAGACAACAAGGCAGACUUCCCAUCAAGCAAAUGGAAGCAGGGACAGGCGAUGUGAGCUCAUCUCUUCAGCAUAGUGCAACAAGAGCUCUCAGUUGUAUGAAUGAAGCCAGGCAGCGCAGCUCCUCAAUGGAGGUUCCUCAUUGCAGAGACCAGGCAAUUCAAGCUGGUGGUGAAUGUCAGGACUACGCCAUCUCAGAUUCUCCGCAGAGGAAACCAAAAUCUCAGCUUUGUGACUCAGCAAGGAAAGCUUUCAUCCUGCGCAGCAAGAGUGCAGAUGGAGGACCAGAACAACCUAAGCAUACUCAUUCUCCUCUACACCAAAAGCUUAUUAAGGGUCACAGGUCAAAAGGACAGUCAAACCCCAACCCUACAGGCCACAGUGUUCCAAGUAAAAGGACAAAUCCCAAUAAACUGCAUGGUUCAAGCAAGAGCACAUCAUCUAAGGCUGAAGCAGAUGAGGAUAUUGAAGUACCAACAAGUUCCAAGUCUCUUGAGAGUGUGCCACAGCGCUCUCCCCUUGCUUCCCCUGUAAAACAUUCGAAGACAUUUAAGUCAACAGGGAUCAAUGAAUCCUUAAAGAGUCCAACAAAAUCAUCUUUGCCUCUCACUAAAGUUCAGUCAGGCAGUGACUCAGUUGAAGAGAGCAUCUAUGACAACUUACCCUGUUCUCCACGAAAACAACGGCGCCAAGACCAGCACUGUGAUGUUUCGCAUUCAGAGCACAGAUCUCCAUCCCCACCACUACCCCCAGGUCGAAGUACUUCUCUUCUCCUUCGACCUGGUUGUGACAGUUUACCAAAAGAUCUAAAAUCAGCAGGUCAUGCUCAAAGUUCAACUACUGGAAAGACAUCAAGCUCCACUAAGACACAAUCAAAUCAGUUUUCUUCUGUUUUACAGCCUCAGCAAUCCAACACAACAAAAGACAAUCAACAUACAAUCUCUCAAAUGGGUGCUGAAAGAAAAUCACUGAAAGAUAUUCCUGCCAAAAUCUACCAUACCCACUCAUCUAAGAUACCACCUGUCCCAAUUCAAGAAUCACAAGCUUCAGAACCAGUCCAGUUAUCUGCAGACAGACAGGUUGCCAUAUGCUAUAAUGAAAACGGCGCUCCUUCUAUACUGCCAAAUCAGAGCAUCUUGCAAAGAUCCCAACAGAGCAUUAGUGAGCCAAAACUUUCAGAAGUUUUGCCUCCAGCAUAUUCUAAUGUUUACUACCAUGGGAUUGCCAACAAUCCCCAGUCUUCCACAUCAAGAGCUGUAAAAAGGAGUCUUCCCAUGAAUGCUAAAUCUCAUGAGGCAAUCUCUGGACAAGAAACGAAUACCUUCCUCAUUUUUGGAAGACAAAACAAAGAUGACACUCCACAAAGUGUCCAAACCUUUCAGACUUUUACAUGUGAUCCACAGAUGAUACAUGACUGUGGUCGCAGAAAGAUUGAGACUCGCUGUAACUCACUGGAUUCUGAGCCCUCUAUUCAACCUGUUGCAUCAGACAGCGGUGUGAUGUUAGACUGGGGGUUUGAUGAGGAAGGUUGGUUGUUUAAACGGUCUGUUUCUGUGUCUACCAGACCUCCUCUUAAACCAGUACUUGGCAUGAAUGGGGCCAAAGCUCGUAGUCAGAGCUUUGGUGCACGCUACAUGGACAGACCCAGCUUCAACAGAUCUGGAAAGGUCCGCACUCAGAUCAAAACACACUCAGGGAGCUCCUUGAACUCUCUUGGCGAUGUCCUUCCAGGAAGUAUGAGUUGCUCCAGUAGCUACCACUGUCCAAUGAAUCGAUCCCUUUUGAACAACUUCUUGAUUGAAGAGGGACUGACAGUUCCCUCCCAUUUGGGAUCUUCCAGUGAAAGACUUCAAAGUCUUAAACACCAGAGAGAGCAGGCUAGACGUCUUCAGAUUGAGCAGCAGUUUUCAAGCGCCUUCGGGGAACCAGUUUCUGAAGAGCCUGAGAGACAAAGUACUAUAACUACAAUUGAAGAGAAAGUGAUGCUUGGCAUAGAGGAGAACCUGCAUAAGUCUCAGGAACAGGAGAGAAGCAUUGAAGUGAAGCAAAAAUCUGGCUCAAGUUUAGCAAAUUGGUUUGGUUUUCGGAAGAGUAAGCUUCCUGCCCCAAGCAGCAAGAAGACCGAUCCACCAAAAGUAAAGGAAGACAAGAGGGAGCAAAAGAUCACAUCACUUCUGAGUGGAAAACAGACCAAGUCUGACAAAAAGAGAGACAGAAGAAAAAGUGAUGGAAAAGACAGCUCUGUGGGGAGAAGAGAGUCUCAUGAUGCGGUGCGGGCAUGCAUUUCAAUGCCCUGCCCAGGAAUGUCCCUGAGUGAGAUACAAGGACAUACUGACAUCAUCGGGGACCCAAAGAUGCAGAUGAUGAACCGAAGAGCUGACAGUGAAAAUGGAUCCACAGUGAAGAGCCCCACCCAAGACGCAGUAAUAGGCUCCGGCUGCAAGAUGCGAACGUUGGACAGUGGGAUCGGGACCAUCCCCCUUCCUGAAUCCUGUUCCUUCUUCUCCUCUAUCCUGCACUUCCUCCCCAAAUCCUCAUCAACCCCAGAGCAGUCCCUCAGUCCUCCCAGUGUUCCCGGCUCCUCCAGCGAGGACGUGUCUCCUUCCCCAUUACCCCGGUGGAGAAUCCCCUCCAGCUUUAAGGACAGCAGCCAUGCAGGGGUGCCAAACUCCCUGUCCGACUCCUCCAUGACCCAUAUCCAAUCAGUGCCUUUCCCCACUGUGGCCUUCCUCCAGCCCAUCCAACCCCCGUCUGAACCCAUUAUGACCUCUGCCAGUGUGUGUGAUACACAGAGCAGGCUACCCAGACCACCACCAGGUGGAAUGGAACCAAAGAAGUUGACCUAUAUCAAAUCGAAAACACGAGCCACUCCGAGCCAACAGAAAGAACAGACGAGACUUCAGCUUGCCAACUAGUUUCCAAAGCUGAAUGAGUCAAGCUGAAGCAAGAAAUCAAGCAAUCAGAUGGAAUUAUCGCUCUCCCACACAUGGAGGAUCCCUAAAUCCCACAGCUUGGACACUGUGUCUUUGUAUCAGGAUGAAACACUCAGAACUGGACAACAAGUGAGCUUGGCAGUGUAGGGUUCCACCUGUGCUCAGUGUUGUGUUAAGAUACUGAGAAACCUUUUAGGUGUAGCAACAAACCUUCUGGCAGCCAUUUUGGAGGUCUGCACCUCGUUGGCACCAGCCACGAGUUGUUGAUUGAAUUUCAGAAUCUACAAUUCUGCUGUGGUUCAUUUUUCUGUGAAUUAUUUGUCUGGGCAAACCAACAGCUGUACACAUCUGAUAUCGCACAUAAGCUAACACAGUGUGUCCUGUUAGUGACCAGUAACUGUAUUUCCACAUAGUUAUCAUACCAAGCUGUGCUUGUUAAGCUAAGCUACAAGAACAGAGCAAGACAAGGUCAGAACUGCAAUCGCAAAAUGAAUUUUACACAACUCAGAUAAAUAGAACAAUCAAUGACGCUCAUAUAGCAAUGUUGCUGCAAUUCUAAAAAUAAUAAUCCAAGUUACAAAGUGCUUUACAAGGACAGCAAGAUUAAACAGACAAGUCAUACAGUCAACCAGAUUUCAAAGAAGACAGAGAAAAACACAAUUCACUGUCUCAAAACCAAUAAGAUUUUUCAAAGAACUAAAGGACAUUUCAAGAAAUUAAAGUCCAUCGCUAUAUUUUGUUGCAUACAACUAAUUUGUGUUGUCUGGUAUGUUUACCAGCUUAACUGUAUUUAUGCUAAAAAUAUGAAGAUUACAACAUUUUCCUACAAUGACCUCUCCUGACAGCUAAAACAUAACUUUGGGCUUUCAGGAUUGUAAACAGGCAAAUCAAGGCACUCAGUUAGGACCAGGGAAACAUGCCAGUCUUUGGUAAAUCCUGAAAAUAAUGGCUGCAGGAGGUGUUUGUUAGUUAAAUAGACAAGUUUGAGAUCAACAGUUAGAAAGAAAUCAACAAUGACUUUUUGCUAGACUAUGAAAACAUGACUAUAUUUUACACAUUGGACGUAAAUGUUGAACUUUGUAGUUCUGGAAAAUGUCCAUCUUGUUAAAAUCCAUUUCAAAAUGAGAGUAAACUCUUACAGAAUGCAAAUGAGUUAAAGUAUAUGUGGCUCUGUCAACAUGUGGUGAAGGCUGUUGUGAAUUUGGUCUACUUUUGUAUAAUGUGACCUUUAGACAAAGACACGCUACACAUCUGUAGCUUGGUGGUUAAAGCUGCAAUAAUUGACUUUUGCUUGCUUUUGCAUCCCGUUCAAACAACAUUUGAGUUGUCUCUGGCCAAUUUACAAAUCUACUUCAGAUAUUUAUUGUUCUUUUACCUCAUUUUUGUUCUCCACCAUUUCUUAAUAAGAGUUUGAGGUUUUUAGCAUGCUAGCCAUUCAACUACAUGUAGCAGCCUAAUGACAAUAUGGCAGAAUCGGUCAUUUGGCAAUUAGUGGGAUUCUCUUCACCAAAACACAGGCAAAAGAAAGAGUUCAUAUUACGAUCAUUUAAUUCUACUUUCAUAUUAACAUUCUAUACACAUAUUAUGCAGGUUUAAACAUUUGGAAAAGUUUUCACAUGUACAACCAGUUCACCACCAGACCUUCACAAUGGCACCAGCUGUGGUCACUACUGGAGUUUAGUGAUGCAAAUGCAAGACCUUUAUGGAAAUCCUGCAGAACAAAUGAUAUGUAGCCACAUUCAUUUGCAUUGUUCAGCAUGUGUGAACAUUUAAAUAAAAUGUUUAUGCAAAGGUCUAAUUGUGCUUUAGAUGUAAUGAAGAUCUGAGCUAGAAUACAUGUCAGCGAUAUAUUUUUGAGCAAAACAUCAGAUGGAACCUUAUAAUCUCAAGAUGGCAAUUUCUGAUUUCCAUCCUGAUUAUAUCUUAUGUACAGCACUAACUACUGAUUGCCAUUCAUGAGCUCUACACCUGACCGAGUAAUGUGAUUCCUCGAAGUGUGCACUAACUAGUUGGAAACUUUUUUUUUUUUUUUUUUACUGUCACAGUGUUAAUAUCCACUUGCAUGCAACCGCCCUCUGGCUUAUUCUAAUCACAUUAAUGUGUCGUAUGAAUCUGAUACCCAUCAUGUGACGAGUUUUAUUACAAGGAGUAAAUAGAAAUACUGAUGUGUGAAUUUGGAUAUGCACUGGUAAAUAUUUAUGAAGAAUUACACAUAAUCUGCCUCUGCUUUGUACGUGUCGCAUUAAACAGCGCAUAUCUCGUUUUGAAAUGAAACUCCUCACAAGUGAACUGCAUUCUGUAUUUUAUACAUAUUUCCACAGUUAUGACAUCAAGACAAAGCAGUGAGUUUUGCAUGUACCAUUAGUUAUAAAGCACCUAGUAGGCGCAUAGUGGACAUUUUUGUGCUAGCUCAGGGAAAAUACCAUUUAUUGUCUCUGAUAGAAGCUGUGGAUUGAAUAUGUAAACCUCAAUUUUAUUCAGUGCAAACCAGUGAAUAGAGCAGAUUUCACUGCAAUGGUUUAAGUUAAAGGUACCUGCACUUGAUGUUUUCCUCCUGUCAGUUCUUGUCUGUACAUUUAGGUGUAAGAUUUCUCACCAUGGUUACUCAUAGUCUCUCUCUAUUAUGUAUGCUGUGUCCUUUAUAUUACUGUUUUGGUGUUAUGAAUGCAUCCCGACAUAUUUGACAGUUUUAGCUGCUUUGUCACACCUUUGUCCACUUCCUGCUUUUCAUGUGUAGAUAUCUGCCCAAACACACAUUGCCAACCACUGCUCUGAGCUAAUCACACAUACAGAAAAUGAAUGCAACUAAAUCUACAUAUCAGACUUGUCAUGGUGACUAUAGCCAUAUUCUUUUGAAACACUACAGACAGUUUACAGUUUCGCGUGAUGUACAACUAUGAAGCACCGUAACAUUGCACAAUAACAUUAGACAUGUCAUCUAACUGUAUUUACCUCUACUUUCAAUUACUCACUUGCUACAUGUAUAUGUCGAAGGUAAUAUUUGUAAAAUUGCAGCGGUGUUCAUGCUAGUAGCAACACACGUGUAAUAAAAGAAAUAUGUAGCGUACACAGGUAAGAUGAUGUGUUCAUGGAUCAGGGAACAGAUUGGCUGUACUGAUACGGGUAGAUGGAGCAUGGUGUCUGUGUUUUUAAAAUGGCUCACAUAAUAGAGAGCACCACUCAUACAAGAGUGUUGUAUUUUUCUAGCAUUUACUCUAAUACUCCAUAUUUGUACUCAGCACUAAUGAGUGUAAUUUACCAUUUAUUGCACAUAUUUUCACUCACUAUUACAGUAAUACUCCUUCUAAAUGUCUUUUUUUUUUCAGAACCCAACAAUAACAGUGAUGUUCUUGUGUGACAGUCACCUUAGCAGUAAAAACUGAGAAUUGUAUAUUACUGAUAUUCUUUGUUUUCUGUCAAAGAAGAAAGGAAAAAUAAACUAUUUCAGUACUUAUACUACAUUAAA